UGUGACAGCGGCUGAGACUGGCCUUCCUCCAGCCCCGCUCCCGAGCGGGGGCCCCGCGCCGGUGUCCCAGGGGCGCGGCGGCGGCGCUCACAGAGAGGAGCCGUGGCGGCGGCAGCGGCGGCCGGGGGCAGCCCGCGUGUCACCGCCUCUAUGAUGAAAUUCAAGCCGAACCAGACGCGGACGUACGACCGGGAGGGCUACAAGAAGCGGGCGGCGUGCCUGUGCUUCCGCAGCGAGCGGGAGGACGAGGUGCUGUUGGUAAGCAGUAGCCGAUACCCAGACCAGUGGAUUGUACCAGGCGGAGGAAUGGAACCAGAGGAAGAGCCGGGGGGAGCAGCUGUGAGAGAGGUCUAUGAAGAGGCUGGAGUAAAGGGAAAGCUAGGCAGACUACUUGGGAUAUUUGAGAACCAGGAUCGGAAGCAUAGGACGUACGUUUAUGUUCUUACUGUGACAGAAAUACUGGAAGACUGGGAGGAUUCAGUUAAUAUAGGAAGGAAAAGAGAAUGGUUUAAAGUAGAAGAUGCAAUCAAGGUCCUUCAGUGUCACAAGCCUGUUCAUGCAGAAUACUUGGAAAAACUGAAACUGAGCUGUUCACCCACUAAUGGAAACUCUGUGGUUCCCCCUCUUCCAGAUAAUAACUCCUUAUAUGUCACUUCUGCACAGACUUCUGGGUUGCCCUCUACUGUGAGAUAAACAUUUGGAUUACCUUUUUAUUCGUGUCAUCACAACAGGAGACAUCUGUGAUCACAUGUAGGCAUCUGUAUAACUGUCAGUUCUAAGUGAAAUAUGUGAAUGUGUCAUAAUGUCAAAUUUAUUUGAACAUGUUUUUUCUUUUAACAGUGUAAAGUAGUAUUUCAGCAAACCAAAGCCAUAUAGGGAUUUUUUAAGAUGCCUUACUAGGCCAUUAAAAAAAAAAACUUGACUAUAUAAAUUUAUAAAUUUGCAUAUCUGCUAAAAUAAAAUAUGCAUCUCAGUGGUGUUCAGCUUAUUUAAAA